UCUUUAGGAUCUGAGCUGGAGGAAUACCAGAGCCUCCUUCCCCUUGCCCUACUCCCUGUUCUCCAGCCACCCUCGUGAACCAACCCCAGAGAAGAUCAAAGACAGGCAGAGCAAUUGCAAGGUCGUGAGUGAGAAAUGCGGGACUGAGGAUUGGGUCUGCUCAAGGGCUGACGGGAAUAUUUUGAACUUCGGAAACGGUUUGGAUGAAACCUGCGGCAGCUGUGAAUAGCAUACACUAAACUGCAAACAACAUGAAUACUUCAGUUCUCAUCCCACCUGGAAAUAACUCCAUGCACCUGAAUUUUUCAGAGAAGAAUUCCCAGAUCUUACAGUUUGAGGAUGAAGAUUGCCAUGUGCCUUUAGCCAUGGUCUUCACUUUGGCCUUGGCUUAUGGGACUGUGAUAAUUCUGGGCGUCUCUGGGAAUCUGGCCUUGAUUAUCAUUAUUUUAAAACAAAAGGAGAUGCGCAAUGUUACUAACAUCCUCAUUGUCAACCUGUCCUUCUCUGAUCUUCUGGUGACCAUCAUGUGUCUUCCCUUUACCUUUGUAUAUACUUUAAUGGACCACUGGAUUUUUGGGGAGGCCAUGUGCAAGCUGAAUCCCUUUGUGCAAUGUGCCUCAAUCACUGUCUCUGUCUUUUCUUUAGUCCUCAUUGCUAUUGAACGCCACCAGCUGAUCAUCAAUCCCCGUGGCUGGAGGCCAAAUAACAGACAUGCCUACAUGGGGAUUGCUGCCAUAUGGAUUUUAGCCACAGCUUCCUCUUUGCCUUUCCUGAUUUACCAUGUAUUAACGGACGAACCCUUCAGAAAUAUAACAUUUGAUGAAUAUAAAGACAAAUACGUGUGUUUGGACCUAUUCCCUUUGGACACUGCCAGGCUUUCUUACACCACGACUCUUUUGGUGAUUCAGUACUUUGGACCACUCUGUUUUAUAUUUAUUUGCUACUUAAAGAUAUACAUACGAUUAAAAAAAAGGAACAACAUGAUGGACAAGAUGAGAGACAAUAAGUACAGAUCCUCUGAAACCAAAAGGAUCAACAUCAUGCUGAUCUCAAUAGUGGUUGCGUUUGCAGUUUGCUGGCUGCCUCUUACCAUCUUCAAUAUUGUCUUUGACUGGAAUCACGAAAUUCUGCCUGUUGCGACCUGCAGCCACAAUCUGUUAUUCCUGAUUUGCCACCUCACAGCCAUGAUCUCUACCUGUGUGAACCCUAUCUUCUAUGGGUUUCUCAAUAAGAACUUCCAGAGGGACUUGCAAUUUUUAUUUCAUUUCUGUCACUUCCGCUCCCGUGAGGAGGAUUAUGAGACUAUAGCCAUGUCCACCAUGCACACAGAUGUUUCAAAAACCUCUUUAAAGCAGGCAAGCCCAGUUGCAUUUAAAAAAAUAAGUAGUGAUGAUGAUGACAAAAUCUAAGAAAAAGAGUAAUAAUCCUACGCUAAACUGUUCAAAGUGUGAUCACAGAUGAUGUAAGUCCAAGGACAAGCACAAUCAUGUAACAAGUAUCAAAUGGAUAAAGCUUUUUGUCCUUUUUUCAAGGAACUUUGAUUGUUGUCACUUUGAAAUUAUAUGCUGUGCAUUUUUGCACCUUUUGCUGCUUUAAUGUUCACAGCAGUUAUGCCUGAAUCUUAUUACAAGAUGUAGUUGGACCUGCUACUACCUAGGGUUUUCAUCAGCUACCUUUUGUUCUGUUUUCUUUGUACAGUUACGCACCUUAGCACAAAGAUUUAUAUUGACUUUUUUCCAAAGGAGUAUUUUUCAUGAUUGUCCAUUAGAAACAACAUGAACCACAGAGAGGCUGUCACUACCGAGGACAGCCAUCUCUCAUAAAAUUAGGACAUUCUGAUUUGAAGAGGUCUUUUUCUUUUUUCCUAAUCCGCCUUUUGAUCAAUGUUAAAAGCCUUUAAAAUCAGUAUAGGCACAUGGAAAAUGAUCCUGUGAAACCUGUAGAAUAAGUUAAAUGGGGACACAGAUUUGUCUCGCUCAUAGAGGUAAUUCAGGCUGUAAUCACUUAGGUUCAAAGACAGGAUUAAGAGAGAAAUUCUGUUCUCAUUUACAAGAAUAAAAACCGAGAGUAAUUCCACAGAGCACAAUGGGAUUACUCUGAUGUUUCCCCAGCGUAAAUGAAAGCACAAAUGGGCCUUUAAUCCCAACUGAUUAUAGCUGAUUUUAAUAGUACAGGCUUUUUUUAAUUUAAAAAAACAGAACCUCAUUUUCAUCUGCCAUCAUUGGAAGGAGUUAGUGUUACUAACUGUUGGUCCCACGCCUAUGAACCAUAUAAAGUCUACUUAAAACCUAUGUCAAGAACCUAAAGAGAGAUUGAAAUGGCCACCUUCUGUACAAGGUGGAAUUCCAACCUCGCAGGUGACCCUCAAAAUCAGGUCUAGGAUAAAAAAUUUGGCUUCAGCUACCUGAAUCUUUUUAUAGUAAUUAGUGCUGAUCUAUAUAAAUUAUAUAUAGCCUUAUAGAAUUCUGGGUUCAAAUGCAAUGGUAUAAACCUGGAUUAUCUCCAAGACAAUGGAUGGUUUAAUUGAGGCUUGUACAAUUUAAAAGGAGGAUAUAGUUUGGUUGUAAUUGGUAUAUUAACUUCCAAACUCACCGUUUCCAUAGUUGAUUGAAGUGUGGAAGUAUUUGCCAAAUAUACACAAUAGAGCUGUGUGUGUUACUGCUUAAUAUAUAUAUAUCCUCUAAUUAUACAAAAUAUACAGGACUAGAUCCCCAGCUGAGGGAAACCCACAUAGCUUAACUGCUGUAAAUGGAACUACAACAACAUUAGCGAGCUGAGGUUCUGUGUCAUAAAGUGUACUUUGCAGUACAAUCAAUGCCUUUUUGAAUAACCAACUUUUAAAAAUACAGGAUAGCCCCUAUUUUCAUUUAGCAAGUUUGCUCUAAGCCAUUCUGGCAGAGAAGAGGGUCUUUAAAAUGGGUAUAAAUGUAAAUGUAGCAUAAAUGGCAAUCAGAUCUGAUAUCUUGCAGAGCAAAGAUAUCUCAGGAUGUGAUGAUGAAUUUAAAAUGCUCUACUUCAAUAUGGAUAAAUGCCUAAGAAUUGAAAAUUAUUUAAUUUGCCAAUAUUUAAAAGUCAAAAACUGUGCCUUGUGCAGUCUUAUAAAUAGUGUAGAUUAUAUUAAAGUAGCAAUGUGGUGUUGUGCAUUAUAAUUCCAUGUUUUUCUUUAUUCGCAGAUAAUUUACUUAAAGAAGAGCAUGGUUGAGAAUAGGGAGGGGAAAGUAUUAUACAUAAAAUGAAUUAUAAACAGAGAACUUUGUUUCAGAGCUUUGCACUUUUGUGUUUUAUGAGAUUUCUCUUUUCGGUGUGGUUCUCUAUGGAGCAUGUUGCUAAUAAUUUAACAAUAGGCUCCGGAAAUUAUUCCCCUAUCACUUUACGUUGUUUUUCAUAUAGUAAGGGAAUGCGUAUUUUCACAGAGAGAUACAAUAUAGAAAUCGAGCUUUGUUUUUCUAUUGAAAAUAUCAGUGUUUUUUUUCCCCAUUAGAAACAAUCACAGCAAUUUUUUCCGAUUAAUGUUUCUCCCAUUUAAAAAAAGCAUUUUCUUCCAAUCCAGUAGGAGAAGGAGACAGAAUUACUUGAGCAAGUGCCAGUUAAUUUAUUGGAAAUGUUUGAUUUGGCUGAGUUAAAUGUGUAUAGAGGGUGACAUGUUAGAGCAACUUUAGAGGACUCUAUUAAUGCACAGAGAAUAAAACUAGUAUAUCCUAAGAUUCAGAGGUCUUUGAGAGGAUAACAGUAUUUUUCCUAUGCUGACCUUCUGCUUGCUUGAUGUAUGGUCUCAAAUCAAAUAAUGUCUGAUUUGAAGUGGUACCAUCUCACCAUGAGAUGGUACCAAGCCUGAUGAACAUGUUAAAGCUGCGUCAGCACAUGUGAGCUGGAGUAUUCCUUAGGCUUGGCCGCGUUAAGCUGGGAGCUGUUCUGAUGCACAGCUGUCCCAGGAUCAGGCUUCUUGCGUAUGUUUCCUCCUUUCCCUGCACUGCGCUUUUUUCAGCCUCUGCUAAGGACACAGACUAGGAGUACAUAGUCAUACAAAUAGCACUGGUUAGGCUGCCUGAAAUGACAGUGGGAAGUGAACUCUGUGUAAAAAGGAAUGUGUUUAGCAGGAAAAUGUGUUUGGAGGAUUUCAAAAGCUAAACCAUUGCUCUUCAGAAGAAUUUUUAUGAGGACAAAGAUGAAAGUAGUCUCUCUGAAGGGCUGACCUGACAUCUGCAGGGCGUAAAAGACAUUUACCAAGAGCAGUAUUUUUGUCUUUGGUUUUAUGACUUGACACUGGAAUCCUCAAAACCCCCUGGAGACUUUCCCCUCCUGACACCUGGCUACAACACUAAUCCUCUUUUUCACCUUCCCAUCUCCAGCACAGCUUCUCAUCCUGCAUGUAUGGAAUUUCUUUAUAGGGUGGGCUGUUGGAUGUCAUGUUUCUCUAUCGUUUCUCAGUCAUUCUGAUUUGAUGUUUGUUCAUCCUAUGUGAUGUUUUGUCAAACACUCCACGCUUCAGCACGUGCUGAUUCCUAUCUCAAAAGCCUGUAAAUUUCUCUUAUUCUUUCAGACUGGUAGAAAUGUUUUACUGACAGAAAAACAAAAUAGCGAGGGAUCUAUAAUGUAUCUUACUAUUUAUUUGUAUGCAACACAUUUAGUGUCAAAUCUACAGCCCUAAAUGACAAAUAUAACUAUUUAACAAACCUUAAUAUUGGCUUCAUUUGUCAGUUAUUAUAUUAUCUUAAACUUCCCCUUUAUCCACCACAGACAUUUAAUGUCCCUGCAUAAUCAUAAUACAGCAGCAUAUUUCUAUGUCCUCUUUAACAUUUCUGUAUUCCCAUAUUGCUUUUCCAGCAUAUCUCUUGGUUGUGUCAUCGUCACUAUGUGCUGUAACCCACAACGUUCAUGUCUUUAAUUAAAAAAAAAAAAAGGACAUCAGGAAAGGAGGCAAAUAAUUGAAUCAAUACCUGGUUUUGAUAGACUAGGAAAAAGUUGGAUUAAAAAAAAAUAAUCCUGUUUUUGCAAGCUCCUACUUCAGCCUUAACAACCAGGUUUAAAUAGGAAAAGGAAUUAACAUGACUAGACCUUUAAGCCAGGUGAGCUGUUGCUGACUGCAUUUCUUUACUGAUGAAGGUGUGAAGGCCUAAUGGUUCCUAUAUUCUAACUCUGUUGUCUUCUGAUAAAGUACUAUCUGUUAUUAAUGGAUCCUAAAAGUAAAAUUUGAUACUGGUUUGUAUUCAGACUCUAAGUGAGCACAUACUUACAUCUGGACUUGUUUAUCAAAUUUUGAUUCUGAUCUCAGGAAAAUGUUCUGAGAUUAAUGAGACUGAAGAAAUUGCUUAAAAGUAACCAUUCACCUAAGCACUCUGUUGAAGAAAACUGAACUGCUGGUUGGAAGCUCACGUACUUUCCUAAAAAUCAGAUUUUGGAUUUCAGCUUAAUAUAGGAAUAAAUUAAUGGCAUAUAACUUUUCUCUAGAUUUUUCUCUGAAGUGUAGUGCCUGGCAAUACUUCAGUUUAAGGUUUUGGUUCAGAUCUACUCCUAAUUCCUUGGAUCACAGAUUUUACCAAACCAUUGUAUGAAGAAUGAAGACAAUAAGGAAAAUUAUUUUUUUUUGUUUGUGUUUUUAAAGCAUACGUAACACUAGGAGAUAUAGGCUUAAAUAACACCUCUGACUGCUACAGAUUAAAUUAAUUCAGUUGAGUAGAGAGGAUGCGGAAACUAGGUAAUAAUCAGUUGUUAAGUUUCUUUGGCAGCCCUUUCUCAACUGAAAGAUCUAUACAACUUAUAACUCUACCAUGUCAUCUUCAUUCCUCUUCAUAUUAUUUAAUAGGGUGGCAUUUCUCUUGAGAUGAAAACAUAAAUACCUGAGUCAUUACUAAAGAUUGUGCCAAAGCAAGCUACUUUCUUCUACCCAUUUUUUAUGGAAUUUCAAAUAUUUGAGGACGACACUUCAGAGAGGAAAAAAUUACCAGCUCUAAUCGCUUGUAAUCUAAUUUACCUGUGGCCAAAAAUAAUAUAUACUGACUAUUUCUGCUUGUGCAAAACAGCAUUGGCAGUCUAAUUAAGUUGAUAUUUUGAAGGUUCAGGAGAGAAUUCACAAAGACUAACUUUAGCUGGAGGAUGGUGAUUUUCCUAAAGUCCUCCAGUAGCAACUCAAGGGCAUUCACACCUGCUCUUCUGCAGAUGCUACACACCUACUGAAAUGUCUUUCUCUCCGUUACUUGUACAGGGAGUUAAGGGAAGACCGGCUUCUAGGGCUAAUGUUAGGCCUAGCGAAUACUGCCUCUCUUCCUCCAAGCUCUGUGUUGUUAGAACUGUCAAUUUGUACUAUGUAAACUUAAACUUAUAAAUUUACACUUCAUAGGAACGGGUUUCUGAGGAAAUCAGAGUACUCUGAUUUUGUAAAAUGCUCAAGUGUGCAGUAAAACUCACCUCUGUUCAGGACAGUACUUUAUGCACAUGCAAAGUUUUAAAUAAUUAUUUGCACAAAAAUUCUGUUCUAAGUAGGCAAAUUUCUCAGAAUCCUCACUCCAUAAAAGUAGAAAGUUUACAAAGAUUACGUAGUUGGAAUUACAUCUGUGCGGAAUAUCCAUCUCGUUAUGGCAAAACUGGUAGUGUGCUCUAUCUUAUGUUUUCCAAACAUCUGUGCUGAAGAGCUGGUCAUCUGACCCAGAUUAGGCAUAGUCUCAAGAAUUUGCACUAGGUGCAAAGGUGUUUGAGACUGCAGCACAGGUGUGGCUCCCCAUGGUCAUCUCAUUUGCUACAAGUCAUGCAAACUUUCAGAUAUAAAGGUAAAUAAAUAUCUCUUACCUCAUAUGCAGUUUGGAAAAGAGCAAAUAAGCAGAAAUUCUAGGUGAAGCCUUGAUACAGUCUGUCAAAUGUACACAAAAAGAUUGAAAGGCAAACUCAGAUAUUUAUUCAAGUUCAAGGCCAAAAGAUUGAUAUGUAAAUGGUUUUAGGGCAGAAUGGUGGUCAGAAGGUGAUGUAUAAAUAACAAGUUCUCUACUUCUGUAGAGAAGGGGAUAUGUAUCUUAACAAAUGACAAGCAGGACUCUGAAAACCUCUUUUAAGGUUCUUCAUCUCAAAUAUAUCUAGAUUUCAUUUUGAGACCAAGAAAACAAGAUGUUUUUGGCACAAUGGAAAAAGAACAGCUUUUCCACAGCACCCACCCACUACACGAGUCCAUUUUAUUUCAUUUCUGCACAACAUGGAGACCAUUUGUUCAUGGAAGGAGUAGUGCCUUGAUCAACAACGCUCUCCUUGUCUUUCUUGGUUCUUGUUCACACUGACACCAUGCUGAUGUUUUUCACUCCACAAUCUGUAUUUUUCUCACAAGUGAUGUCAUUUUUAUUGUGUUGUUUUUAUGGUUUCUUAAUAAAAGCUGUCUGUGAAAAGA